AUGUGGGACCAAAGACCUAGUUUCAGGUUUGAGAUAGAUAACUUCUCGGGCGAGGAAGCUGUCAUAACGUCUAAGAAUUUCGUGGCUGGCGGAUGCGAAUGGUAUCUUGCAGUUCAUCCCAAGGGAAAUUAUAAUGAUCAGUUGUGUUUGUUUCUCUACGUUGCAAAUCGUAAAUCCUUGCGAACUGGUUGGAAGAGAAGUGCUAAAUAUUACUUCCUUGUGUUGAAUGAUUCCAACAAAGAACUCUAUAAAUCAUCAAGAUGUGUUGAUGAAGAACUUAACUUUUUGUCUUUUUGUAUAUGUUCUACAGUAUUGGGAAAGGAAAGCAAAUUGUUUAGCGCUGAGAAUCCAGCACGGGGUACCCGAAAGACGUUGCCUCUAAGCAAGUUUCAGGAAAAAGGGUUUUUGGAGAAGGACAAACUCAUCAUUGAAGUCUACAUUAAUGUUGUUGAAGCUUUUGAUGGAGAAGGCGAGGACAUCACUGGUUUUGCUGCUCAUGUUGCUUCAGUGAAAAAGAUAUUCGCGGAGACAGAAUACAAGAAUACUCUAAGCAACGCUUGCAGCAAGUUGAGUGAUCUUGCGGAAGUAGGAGUCAAGCUGGACUGGUUGAAGUCAAUGUUUGAUGAAGUUUCCUUCAAGACGAAGAACGCAGACGACGGUGCUGAUGAUGAGUCUCUGGUCCAACAACUCGAGGAACGCAUCAAGAAUCUUGAACUAAUGGUAUCAGGCUUCAAGAAGGACUGUUCCACGUCAAAGUCCAAGAUGAAGAAAUCACAUGCUGCUGAUGAGUGUCGUUUCCAAAAACUUGAAGCAGGCGUCAAGAAUCUUGAGCUGAUGGAAAUAGGGUUGAAACUGGACAGUUUGAAGUCGAAGCUUGAGGAGGUUUCCUUGGAGAAGAAGAUAUCACAUGAUGCUGAUGAGUCUCGGGCCAAACUACUCGAGGGACGUGUCAAGAACAUUGAGCUAAUGGACACAGCCUCUAAGCUGCACAGUUUGAAGCUGAAGCUUGAGGAAGUUGCCUUGGAGAGGAAGAAAUCAUAUGAUGCUGAUGAGUCUCGGGUCCGACAACUCGAGGAACGCAUCAAGAAUAUUGAGCUGAUGGAUUUAGGAUUCAAGCUGGACUGUGUGAAUACGAAGCUUGAUAAUGCUGACGAGUCUCGAGUCCAACAAUUCGAGGAACGUUUCAAGGAUAUGUCAAGGAAUGUGGGAUUCAGGCUAAAUUGUUUGAAUACAAAGAUUGAGGAAGUGUCCUUAGAGAGGAAGGAAUCUGAUGAUGCUCGGUUCCAACAACUUGAGGAAAGCGUCAAUAACAUUGAGCUGAUGAUGUCGUCUCUCGAAGAUGAACUAGACAAGAAGAAGGACAAACCUUCUGAUGAUGAAUUUUGGUUGGUCGACUAGGCUUUUCUUGAUGUAGAGAUCAAGUUUUUUGUUUAUUGAUUCUUCUUAUAGAAGACACUAAUGUCGUUUCAUUUUUCUCCUGUUUUGGUUUUUAGUUUUGCACUGUGAAUCCUAUAGUCUAGAGAUUCCACAUAAUCAAAAAAAUGUUUUUUUUUUCAUCCUGAUUUAAUCCCAAAAUUCACCUACAAUCGAUUCUUGUUUUAAGUUAACCAAAUUUUCACUUUUAAUUUCUACCUAACUUUAACUAUAUAUAUUUAUAGUUAAAAGUUAAAAGUUAAAUCGGUUAAGUUUAUGUUUUUCCCUUAAUGAAUUUAUUAUAUAUUUAAAAAAGAAUUUUAUAUUAAUAAUAUGAGAUUUAUAUGUUUUAUUAGAUAAAUUGUUAUAAAUUAAUAUAAUAAACUUGUCAAAAAGAUGUGCUUUGUUUAAAAUCAUAUGUGAUGUGUUUUGUUAUUACCUAAUGAUAAUAAUUAUCUAUUUUUAUUUUAAAAAAGUAAUAUAUGAAAUAGUAAGAUCUUUGUAUAAACUUUUCCAUUUAAAUUUAUUUUUAUUUGUUUUGUUUUUAUUUUAUCUUUUUUUUUAGUUUGAUGUAUAUUGUUGGUUUAAAGAGGUAAUUUAAAAAGGUAAUGAGAGUUAAAAAAAAGACAAAGGUCUACUGGUAAGAUUAUAUUGUUGAUAUAUAGCUUUUUCUCGUAAGAUUAUAGAUUUUGAUGGUGUUUUAAAAAAUGAUGACGGAACAAAAGAAAAUAAAAAAUAUCCUUAAAAUAAUUAUGUUUAUAUAUGCGGACAAAACACUUAGUUUUCAGUUUAAAGUUAAAACACAUUGCAAAUUUAUCAAAGUUUGAUGGAAAGUAAAUUUUGUGAUACGAAUAAAAUUUUAUAUUGCUAUAUAUUUACCAUUUUUGUAUUUUUCGUCGAAUGAAUGUUAUAAAAAAUAAUAAUAGAACAUAUUUUAUUUAUAUAAAACGAUUAAAACUUACAAUUUCAUCAAAUAAUUGUAAUUCAGAAUUACAGUAAAAACAAAAGCCGUCAUUUAAUUUAGAAAAUUCACUAAAAUAAAGACCACAUAUCCCUUGAAAUUUUGCAAUUUUUUUUAUGAAGGACAAUUUUUUUUUGUUUUUCCUCACCAUUUAUUCUCUAGGACAAAUAUCUUGAAAAUUUAUUUCGAAAAAGUUGCAUCCAUAAAAUUAUACAUGAUUAUCGUUAGGCCCAUUACGUGGGUCCUCUAAAAAUGAAAUUCCUGGCCCAUAGUCACCGUCUAAAACCUGUGGUCGGGAAAAAACCUCGAAAUCUCAUCAUCCAUUCCAUUUUAUCCGGUGACCACGUGACGUUAUCCGUUACUCUCUAUACUCCUUGCCACACUAGAUACGGUCCCUGCCGAUUAAAUCUUCUUUCAAGCAGAACUCCGGCGAAUCCAACGGUGGAGAACACCCUCACAUCCUCCGAUCCGACGGUUCAAAUUCGAAGUCGUUGUUUCCAGUAAACCUCGCGUUUCCCAAAAGAAGAUUAGAUAAACC